AUUAGAGUGAAAAAAAUAUGAGAAAAUGAUGAAGUAUUGCAAGAAGGUUUCCAAGGGUUGGGGUCCAAUAAUGGGGAUGUUAAUGGUGCAAUUGAUUACAACGGGAUUGCAAAUACUUUCAAAAGUUAUAUUAACACAAGGAACUUUUAUUUUUGCUCUCAUGACUUAUCGUCAUCUUCUUGCUGCUCUUUGCAUUCUCCCCUUUGCACUCUAUUUUGAAAGGGGAACUGGGGUGAAGUUGACCAUAAUGGCGAUGUUUUGGGUCUUUCUUUGCUCUUUAUCCGGGAUAACAAUGGGAAUGGGAAUGUUCUAUUAUGGACUUAGGGAUACGUCAGCUACGUAUGCAACCAAUUUCCUCAAUUUGAUUCCGAUUGUUACUUUUCUCUUUUCAAUCAUUCUAAGAAUAGAGAAAUUAAAAUUGAAGACCAGCAAAGGAAAAGUUAAGGUAACAGGAGCAAUGUUGUGCUUGGCUGGAGCUGUUAUUAUUAGUGUGUACAAGGGAACUUUACUUUUUUCUGAUGGUCUUCAUCAUAAUCAUCACCCUGUUCAUCACCCAACUUUGACCAUUGUAAAGAAAGUCAUACCUGAUUACACACAUGGCAGUAUUCUAUUGGUUGCAAGUCUGUUAUCCUAUGCCACGUGGUUCAUAUUACAGGUGAAGUUAAUAAAGGCAUUUCCAUUGAAGUACUGGGCAACAAUGUUAACUUGUUUUUCAGCGGCAAUUCAAUCAGCUGUCGUUGGUCUUUGCUUAGACAGGAAAACUACUUCAUGGAAGCUUGGAUGGAAUCUUGAAUUGGUUACCAUUGUUUACUCGGGAGUGUUGGCAUCAGCAUUGUCAUUCUGUGUAAUUUCAUGGGCGAUAUCAAGAAAAGGUCCUACAUUUCCAGCUAUGUUUAAUCCAUUAGCUUUGAUAUUCAUUGCCAUUAUUGAAGUUCUAUUCCUUCGGGAAGAACUCAGAAGUGGAAGUUUACUAGGCAUGUUGGUGAUUAUACUGGGUUUAUAUAUGUUUUUAUGGGGCGGUAGCAAAGAGAAAAUUAUGACAUCCACUCUGCCAAAAUCAUACAUUAAUGAAGAAAAAGCAUCCAAAAUCAAUAAUCAAACUGUGAUUGCGCAAUCAACAGCAACUAUAGUACCAGCAGCAUCCCCUGUUGGUCAUGGAUUUGAUGAUCAUCAUCAUGAUGGUAAUGGAGUUUAGAAACUUAUCUAGAUAAAUUGUAUGUAUGAUUAGUUAGUUUUCUAGGAACAUCAUGUAUUUUAUGCUAAGAAAAUUUUGAACUUAUAAGGGAAAGAAAAUGAUUUGUUGUAAUAUUUUGACUCAUUUUAGAGCACUACAAGAAGGG